AACGUUGUCGUUUGCAACAUCAUUCCACAUCAUUCUUAAACGAGCGAUAGUGGCCUUGUCAACUUUUUCGUUCGUGCAGACUGUUAACUAUUUCCGUAUUUUUGUUCAGGAGUAAUUGAAUUCCCUUUUUCCAUCGUGUUUAUAAAGAUAUCUUUACUAAAUACUGAAAGGUUACGAUACAACAUGGAUCAUCAAAUGUUUAAAAUAUACAAUCAGGAAGACUUUAACAGAAUUACAAGAGGAAUUAAAGUUGCACAAUGCAUGCAAUCUCGAUCGUCAUCUGUUUCAGAAACUGAAAAAGUAUUACAUCAAUUAGAUGACUUAGUUGUAUCGGAUUCCUUAAGUUGUUCAUUUUGUAAUACAAUAUUCGAAGAUAAAGCACAACAAAGACUUCAUUAUAAAUUAGAUUGGCAUCGAUAUAAUUUAAAGCAGCGUUUGAACGGAUUAAAACCUAUUGGGGAAGAUAAAUUUAGUCUAUUAGCCGACGAAGGUGAUGUUUCGAGUUUAUCCGGAAGCGAUGUUGACUCUGAAAACGAGGAUGAGACAUACGUUUCGGAAGCAGGUAAUUCUCCUAAUGGACAUUUUGAGAGCAAAAACAGUGUUACGAAAAACAAGAAAACAGAGAAGAAAGGACGAAGCGCAGAAUCAAUCUCCGACAGUUCUGAUACGGAACAUUCUGAUGAAACUGUGAAAGAGAAGAAAAUUGAAACUUUAUUGGUCACUGCUACCCGCCACUCGAAAGUUUUUUUCGAAAAUGACGAUGGAAAUAUAUUCAGUAUAUACAGGUGUUUACUUCAUAAUAAAAAGGAAAUUCCAGAGGUAGACAAUGAGAUGAUUGCUCAAGCAUUAGACAGUGGGAGGAAAACAACAUGGACCGUUAUCAUGAUCGGUGGAGGACAUUUUGCUGCUGCUGUAUUUCAAGAUGGAGAACCUAUCGUGCACAAGACGUUUCAUUCUUAUACCGUAAGAGCUAAACAAGGAUUUGCCCAAAGUUCACGUACAACGACUAAUCACGCUAAAAGUGCUGGUGCUAGUUUACGCCGUUAUAACGAAGCAUCUCUUCUUCAGCAUGUACAGGAUAUACUCGAAUCGUGGUCAUCCCAUAUCAAUAAUUCCUCUCUGAUUCUAUAUAGAGCAGUUGGACCAUAUAAUCGUACUGUAUUAUUCGGAGGAAAAAAUCCACCUUUAGAUAAAAGCGAUUCAAGAUUAAGACCACUGCCAUUUCCUACUCGUAGAGCAACAUUUAACGAAGUGAAAAGGGUGUACGAUAUAUUAAGCACUAUGGAAAUUUAUGGUUCUGCGGCAGAUUUCAUAGAUUCCUUUCCUAUUUCACCGCGUCAGCCUCUAAGAAAGAAAAUUUCAAAAGCCGAUGUAUCCGGCGAAACUUCAGAAAAGACAGAGAAUGCAGAAUGUGAUUCUAUUAUUACUGCCAAUAAUUCCCAAGAUAACGAUAAAAGUAAAAUACCUACUCAACCAUCUCCCGAAAGACAGCAUAGAAAUUCUCGAUCUCAUAUAGAUCGAGCAAAACCAAGAAAGAGCCCGUGUCGUCCUUUACCAGAUAUCGUGGCAAAGUUGGCACAGUCAUCUUCAGAAUCGGAGCUAGACAGUCAAAUAGGUACUGUUAGCGUUCCGGUUGACGUGUCGCUAAUCGAGCAAGAAUUAGAAAUAGAAUUUAACGAACACCUACUAGCUUUUCAAGAUACAGUACCAAGGUAUAUGAAAAAUAAAAAAUCUCGCCGUCAGAGAAAAAAAACGAAAAAAGAUGAUAACACAACGAAUGAAGUGCUAACUAACGCCAAAAUGAAGUUAUGGUCAGCAUGUAAAUUAGGAGAUAACGAUUUAUUGUUAUCUAUUAUUGAUGACCUAUUAAUUGAAGCAGAGAAAAGUGCAGAAUUGGAGGAACAAAACAAAGAAGAUACAACUGUUGAAACUAAUUCGAUUAUACACAAAAAUGAUGUAAUAAAAUUGGUAAAUGAUCCUAACGAGGAUGGUAAUACAAUGUUACAUUUGGCAGCUCUUGGGGGGCAUUUGAAAUUAGUGUGGCGGCUACUGGAAAUCGGAUCUGAUCCCUGUAACAAAAAUAAGAAACUGCAAACUCCAUACGCAGCGGCGAGCGAUAAGGAAACUAGAAACGUGUUUAGAAGAUUUAUGAGUAGCAAUCCUGACAAGUUCAAUUACAGUAAAUCUCAGAUACCUGGACCACUUACCGAUGAAAUAGAGCAAGAGGAAGCCGAGCGAAAAAGACAAUACCGAAAACAGAAACGAGAAAAAGAAAAACUGAAAAAGAAAGAAUUUGAACUGAAAAAGCAAGAGGAAGACGCUAAACAGAGAUUCCUUAAUCUUAGCGACAGAGAAAAGAGAGCAUUAGCAGCCGAACAACGUAUCGUGAAGCAAGGAUGCGACGUGGUUUCACGAUGUUUUCAAUGUGCCGUGAAUAUGGUUGGUCAAGUACCUUUCGAAUACAACUGCAAUCGUUUUUGUUCCAUGCCGUGUUUGAAAGAACAUCGUCUACGCAACAAAGUUGUUACCUGAUGUUAUUCUACAUUUGAAAUUGCGAUCGAGUUAUACUUUCACAAGCUUACUAUAUGUAUGUUGUCAAUAUGUAUAUACAAAUUAAAAUGGUAAAGUAUGGUUUGUAUGAAACUAGAAUUAAAUAUCCUUAUAAUUUUCGGCAAUAAUAAAAAACUAUUAGAAUUUA